AUGGCUUCCACCUACCCCGACGGAAUCUUCGAUAAUCUAGGCAAAUUCUAUGCCUCAGUGGCCAUCGUAUGGAUGGUCGCCCUCCUCGUCGGCUCCGUCUUCCUCGUGCUUCAUCGCCAUGAGCAAUGCAUUCGCAUUCGGAACCUACCUCUCGCCCUGAGCGCGGUAUCAUGUCUUCAUAUCUACUGGAUUCUUUGCAUGUUGGCAUACACCAUGGCCGGUGCAUACCCCUGCGGUGUGGAAUACUGGAUCAUGAGCAUCUAUCUGCCAUUGGGAAUCGCUCUAUUCCAAGCCAACAGCAUGCAGCUCCUAAGCGUCUCCGGCAUUCAAGAGAAGAUGCUCCAUACCGCACACCACCCGCAGAGAGCCAGUUAUAGUACCGGUUCAAAAGGCCCCAAUGAAUACUUGCGUCAGUGGAAGCAAAUGAACUUGGUCCACCGAACGGAAGUGGCCAUUGCCGUGGGAAUGGCAGUCCAACUGUGUCUGUCGCUCUCUAUUUACCUCGCCUCUCGGAAGUUCCAUGGUUUUGGCAGCUUCUCCGAACAUGGCAGCCUGGCGGAGUGUCGGCGAGGCCCUGAAUGGUAA